CACAUAUUUUCCCACGGUCGCUGAAGCCUCUUUGCUCACAAACCCUCGAACCUCCCCCCUUCUUCUUGUUCCAUCCUCUGUAUUAUACAUCCCUUCAACUCAUUCAUCUCUCACCUCAGGACCACCCCCCGCAGUCUCUCAUAGAAUCACCACAAGCGAUCUCGUAUUCAAGAGUUGAUGAGCACUACUGCAUCCAACAAAGUGGACGCCACUUCAAAGAACCCCUUUGACACUUCUGAUCCUUUCGACGGUGGUCGAGGAACCCCUAGCAUAGAAGCUUCCGUUGGCAAAGGUGGUGACAAAAUCCAUAUCCGUCUUCAACAGCGAAAUGGUCGAAAGACGGUGACGACCGUGCAAGGUGUCCCCGAGAAAUAUGAUCCAAAGAAGCUCCUCAAGGCGAUGAAGAAGGAAUUCGCCUGCAAUGGACACGUAGCUUCAUCUGCCGAUUCGUCAGACGAAGAUUCGCCGGGGCCCAACAAGACGGGUCAAGAGUUUGGUCGAAUCCUGCAGUUCUCAGGAGAUCAGCGAACCAAGGUCAAGGAGUUUUUGGUCGAUUGUGGACUCGUCACUGAGAAGGAGGCCAAGGAUCUCAUUGUCAUCCACGGAUACUAGAGGUCAAAUCACGAGUCACACGACCUCACAUCGUGGAUCAGAACCAUGCUCGAUUCCCUCCCCCAUUUGUCCUCGCGUAUUCAAGUCGGCAGUGCUGUAUCCAAUACAUGUCUCAGCCAUGCAUCGUUCACUUUUGGCUAAACUACAAUGAUAUUCGAACAUAUGACACUGUUUCCAUCCCUAAGAUUCGUCAUCUGCCAGGGCGUGCAUCUGCGGAACCCGUCAGAAGUGGCGCGUCG